AUGGCGGAUCCUUUGCGUCAAAUCAAACAUAUUGGCAUCGUUGGCGCCGGCAACAUGGGCACCGAGAUGACCUUCGGCUUCUCUGAGCAAGGCUUGGCCGUCUCUCUCUGGGACAUAUCGGGCGAGAACGUGGAUCAAGCCCUGGAGAUGGCGAAGAAUGAGAAGAACCUGAAAGGCGAGGUCAAGGGAUACCACGACAUCCACGAGUUUGUGAAGAGCUUGAAGGAUGCAGAGAGAAAGGUCUUCAUCUUCUCGAUAACGCAUGGUUACCCGGCCGACUCGGUGCUCGACAAGAUCAAAGAUGACCUGAAGGAGGGCGAUAUCAUUCUUGAUGGCGGCAACGAGAACUACAAGAACACUGAGAGGAGGCAGAAGGAGCUGGAAUCGAAGGGCGUGAAGUGGAUUGGUAUGGGAGUGUCAGGGGGAUACCAGUCCGCUCGACGUGGUCCGAGCAUGUCCCCCGGUGGUGAUCCGGAAGCUGUCAACACCGUCCUCCCUCUGCUGGAAAAGUUCGCCGCCAAGGACCCAAAGUCUGGCAAGCCAUGCGUGGCCAACAUCGGGCCUCGCGGCUCAGGACAUUUCGUCAAGAUGGUGCACAACGGCAUCGAGAAUGGCAUGCUCUCAACGGUGUGCGAAGCCUGGAGCCUCAUGCAUAAGUCUCUUGGCAUGGAGCUCGACGAGAUCGGCAAGGUGUUCGAGAAGUGGAACUCCGAGGGUGAACUAGAGGGCACCUAUCUCGUUCAGAUCGCCUCGGAGAUCUGCACGAGGAAGAAAUCGCCCCAAGGCGACCAGCACGGCGAAGAGAAGGGCGACCCCCAUCGUUCCCAUGCUGAUACCCUCAAAGUCGUCCAGGAUGACGAUGACAGCGAAGGCACCCUAUACUGGACGGUGAUGGAAGCCGCGCGCCGCCACAUCUCCGCACCCACCAUCGCAACCGGCCACUUCUUCCGCGUCGCCAGCGGCGCCCGCGCACAGCGCCUCAGAGUCGCCAAGAAGCUCAAGAUGCCGCAGCCACAGAAAGCUUCCGACGUCGAUAAGGAGGCCUUCGUUGAGGACCUCCGCAAAGCCGUCUAUGCCUCCUUUCUCUGCGCCUUCUGCCAGGGACUCGAGCUGAUCGCCCGUGCCUCGAAAGACGAAGACUGGAACAUCGACCUCGCCACCUGCAUCCAAAUCUGGCGCGCUGGCUGCAUCAUCCAGGAAGACCACAUCGCGAACAUGCUGCAGCCGAUCUUCGAAUCCUCAAACGAGCGUAUGAUGAACAUGAAGCUCAUCGAUGAGGUGUCAGCGGACCUGCACAAGAACUAUGAGCCCCUGAAGAAGGUGGUGCUUAAGGGGACGGAGUGGGAUAACUACGUCCCGAGCCUGAGCGCGAGUUUGGAAUACCUGAAGUACGAGGGCGGCACAAUGCUCGCGACGCAGUUCAUGGAGGCGGAGAUGGACUUCUUUGGGGCGCACGCCUUCGACAAGGCGAAUGUCAAGGGUGAGGAUCCGGGAAAGGCGACGAAGGGCGCGCAUCACUACGAGUGGAGGCCGGCGUGA